UACUGUACUAAUGAAAAAAAAAAUAAAAAAAAAUAAUUUUUAUUAAACUAAACGGAAAUUUGAGAUUAGACCGCUAGGCCUGGACUGUCUUCUCCGAAGUCAAACUUUCAACUGAAGUUUACACCUUCCUCUUCAUUACACUCUCUUCUCUGCUGGAAAUCAAAUUUAAUGAAAGCUACCACUUAAACUUCUCAAUGAAUUCUUCAAUUGAUUCUCAAAAUCCCAAAUCUGAAUCAAAUAUUGUAACCCUAAAUGUUGGUGGUGAACUCUUUCAAACCACCCAAAAAACCCUAACCCUAGCUGGCCCCAAUUCCUUCCUUUCCACCAUUUCUUCUUCUUCAAAUUCAAAUUCAAAUUCACAAGUACCCUUUAUCGAUCGAGACCCUCAAUUGUUCUCAAUCUUUCUCUCUCUCCUAAGAACUGGAAAUCUUCCCUCAAAAUCCAAAAUUUUCGAUCUUCAUGACCUAAUUACCGAAUCCCAAUUCUAUGGAAUUGAGCCAAUUUUAAUUAAUUCUCUCUCCAACCCAUCUCAAUUCAACCCGUUAAUUCUCCAGAAAUCAUCGUUUCUUCCCUUAAAUGGUAGAGAUUCAAUUUCUGCUAUCUCAACGACGUCGUUUGGUUCUGUUCAUGUUGCUCAUGGUAGUAAGAUCACUUCCUUUGACUGGUCGUUGAGUAGAAAGUCAACGAUUUUGACUGAAUUCGUUGCAGUUGAUUCAUUAUUGGCAGUUGCCUCUGAUGUGGCGGCUGCUGGUGCUACUGAUUUUUGUGGAUUGCAAAUAAUUGAUCUUGAAAAGGGUUUUGUGAGGGAGUGUUUGAAUUGGGAGAAUUCAACUAGGUCUAGUUCAAAUGUUCAGGCCAUUGGUUCAUCCAAUGAGUACUUGUUUACUAGUUUCGAAUCGAGUCGGAGGAACUCUAAUGCUAUCGUGGUUUAUGAUCUCUUGGGUGAUUUUAGGCCCAUUUUCGAGAUUGCUCGAAACGAGAUAUAUGGUUCUGAUUUUGAUUGUUCUACUAUUCCAGCAACAAAAUUAAAUUGGGUUUCUGGUUAUAAUUUGUUAAUGGCAUCUGGGAAUCAUAGUGGACCAACAGGUGUAGUAGGUAGUAUAAAAUUGUGGGAUAUUAGGUCUGGAAAUGUAGUGUGGGAGAUGAAGGAGAAAGUAGAUUGCUUUGCUGAUGUCGCGGUUUCGAGUUCUUUACCAUGUAUGUUUAAAGUUGGUAUCAAUUCUGGUGAGGUUUUCUUCCUAGAUUUUAGAAAUCUUGGCUCUGAAAGUGAAUGGGUUUGUUUAGGAAAUCGAACGAAGUUGAUUAAUUCAAAAAAAGAGGGAUUAGGAUGUAAAGUUGAAUGUCAUGGGAGUGAUGUAUUUGUUAGUAAAGGUGGAGAUAUAGAGUUAUGGUCUGAGGUAUUGGUUGAUUCUUCAUUAAGUGGUGAAAAUGUGUUGGGUGGUAGAGUUUUUAAGAGGACUUUGAUGGGAAGAGCUAAGGAUAUGGGAGGUGACAAAAUUACCAAUUUGAGAUUUGGUGGGAACAAGAUGUUUGUCACAAGGAAGGAUCAGCAGCUUGUUGAAGUUUGGCAGGGCGCUACCGAAGGAUUGUGAAUCAUGAUCAAUCUUUUGGUAAUCCUUCACUUGGAUACUACUUUACUAGUAUACUAGUCCUUGAUUUUCGAAAUUAGAUAUUCUUUUACUUGAAUGUAACUUUAGCUCUUUGUAAUUCUUGUUUAAUUGUAAAUGCAUGUUGUAUUCAGUUAUUCUUGUACUCCUAGUGAAGGAAAUAGAUUGGCAAGUAGUAAUUCUUCAUCAUAUUCUUUUGAACGAUAUUAUGUGAAUCAAUGAUGAUCUAUGAGAUAUGUUUGGGGUUACUUGA